AGCCUCUCCGAGAAAAAACAAUUACAAUAACCAAAAGAUUAGAGAAACUACAAGUAAACAGAAGUUAGUUACACGCUGUUUCAUCACCAUCUCAGGCUAGCUCACCUUCACAGCUCCGGCAAUGGCGUCUAGGGUUCCGAUGAUCAUAACUUUAUUAUUCUACUCCGUCAUCGUAGUCUCCGCUAAAAAAAAGUUUGUACUGACACUCGAUUCCACUAAUUUCACUCAAAUCGUUGCCAAAUACAACUUCGUAGUCGUUGAAUUCUACGCUCCUUGGUGUGGUCACUGCAAGAAACUUGCUCCUCAGUAUGAGAAAGCUGCUAAAAAACUGAGUAGUCAUGAUCCUCCAGUCGUACUAGCAAAAGUUGAUGCCAAUGAAGAGGGAAACAAAGCUUUAGCACGUGAGUAUGAAAUCAGAGGUUUUCCGACCCUUAAAAUCGUCAGAAAUGGAGGGACGAUCAUUCAAGAUUACAAAGGACCUCGUGAGGCAGAUGGCAUAGUUACCUAUUUAAAGAAACAAAGUGGUCCUGCUUCUACAGAAAUAAAGUCUACUGAGGAUGCUGACAAGCUUAUUGUUGACAACAAAAUUGCUGUUGUCGGAAUUUUCCCAGAAUUCUCUGGAGAAAAGUUUAAAAAUUUCACAACUCUUUCUGAGAAGUUGCGGUCAGACUAUGAGUUUGGUCAUACAUUGGAUGCAAAACACUUGCCACGUGGUGACUCGUCAUUGUCUGAACCUACAAUCAGGUUGCUUAAGCCAUUUGAUGAGCUCGUUGUUGAUUUUCAGGAUUUUAAUGUUGAAACUUUGGAAAAAUCGGUUCAAGAAUCAAGUCUUCCUCUGGUAACACUGUUUAACAAAGACCCUAGCAAUCAUCCCUCCAUUAUAAAAUUCUUCAACAGUCCCGAUGCAAAGGCUUUGCUGUUUAUGAACUUCAGUAGCGAUCUUUUUGAUGUUUUUAAAUCGAAACUACACGAGGUCGCUCAACAAUUCAAGGGACAGGGAAUAAUUUUUCUUAUGGGAGACGUUGAGACUAGUGCACAAGCUUUUCAGUUUUAUGGUGUUAAAGACGAGCAUGUGCCAGUCAUUGUUAUCCAGACCAAUGAUGGACAGAAAUACCUAAAAGCACAUGUGGAGCCUGAUCAUAUUGCGCCAUGGGUGAAGGAUUACAAGGAUGGCAAUGUACGGCCAUUUUUAAAAUCAGAGCCUAUUCCCGAGGCCAAUACUGAACCGGUGAAGGUAGUUGUUGGUGAAACCUUCGAAGACAUGGUUUCUAAAUCUGAAAAAAAUGUUCUUAUUGAGUUCUAUGCGCCCUGGUGCGGACAUUGUAAAAAAUUGGCUCCAAUUUUGGAUGAAAUUGCCCUCUCAUUAUCAAAGGAUCCUGAAAUCGUCAUUGCAAAGAUUGAUGCUUCUGCAAAUGAUAUACCGAGCGAGACUUUUGACGUGAAAGGUUACCCAACACUAUACUUUAAGUCUGCAAAUGGAGUUUUGACGCAGUACCAAGGGGACAGGACAAAGGAAGAUAUAUUACUUUUUAUUCAGAAGCAUCGUGAAACAAUUGUUCAGCAAACCCUUUCGAAGGACGAGCUGUAAAUAAGUAGGGUACCGGAAGAUACAGGGACCAGAACACAGUUUCGCGGACUAUACUUUUUGGCAGCUGUUCCGCCAAACAAGUCCAAGAGGAGGGAUGAUCUCUUCAUCUUGGCUGGUAUGCUGAACUGAGACCAAGCAGGGAAGCCUGCCAUUCUACUAAUUUACUCCUAUUAUUCAGAUGUCUUGACUAAUCUAUGCGUCAGAUUAGAUCGUUUAGCUCUAGUGAUUUUUGACAAAGGUGUGGUUUAGUUCACCUUGCAACAAUUUUGUGUCCUUCAGAAUGUAUUUUUUAAGAUUCUGGGCUUGUUUUUACCCAAUUUUUUUCUCAUUUCUUCAACAAUAAUAAGUUUCCGUAGAAAUUGUAACUGUUUCAUUUUAUAUAAAACAACCAGGUUUAGAUCC